GUAAUGCAAUCUUGUCUAUGAUUAGAAAUGGCGACCAAAUUCUCGUAUUGUUUGCGUUUAUAUAUUUUUAACGUAAAUAAACAAAAACUUUCACUAGAAACAUACUGACAAAGCAACGAAUAGUAUUAAAUAGAGUUAGUUUACAUUUUAAGACAUUAAAUGAUGAAUAUAAACGUGUACGAUGUGUCGUCAAUUCAGAUGUCGAUACAACAGCCUCAGCAGGCUCCUGCGCCUCCCCCAGCGCCGCAGCCCGAGCCCCAAGCCCACGGGGACACGUCCACUAACCAGCCAGAGCCUCCGCCGCCUGCACCGGACGAACAAAAGCCAGCAGUCGGCAAGAAAAAAAAAGAGGCGAUCGAUGGCCAAGCCCGCGAACUCAUUUAUAAGGUCAUAAAAUUUUUCGAAAGCGAAAAACAAAACAGAGGCUACGCUUUCCCAGUCGAAAACGUCGUAAAACGAGCGUGUGCCGCGACCGGACUGUCCGAGAGCACUAUCAAAAGAAUAAAACGCGACGGUUUGCGCGCGGAAGCGACUCAAACGCGAAUGACCGGACCCAAGAAAAGAAGAGUGAGAAAGACCAAGGUACAAUUAGAUUAUUUCCAGCUGUGCGCUUUAAGAAGCAUCGUCAAUGGUUACUCGAUGCGUAAGGAAGUACCUACGCUCGGUAAGAUUCUGGCUGCUGCCAAACACGAGUUAAACUAUUGCGGCGGCAAAGAAUCGCUAAGAUUGAUAUUACUAAAUAAGCUAGGUAUUAAAUUUAAGAAGUGCGAAAAGAAGAAUAAAAAGCCCCCGGAACAGCCGCCCGUGCAGCCACAGGUACAGCCGAUACAAAAUAUGAUGCCACAACAACAGAUGCAAACUUACAAACCGAUAGAUACGCAGUGCGUUGUCUACACUCACAAUAUGAUGCCUCAAGUGCCACCUGUCUCGUAUUAGAUCUGGUAUAAACCUGGAUUAGCGUUUGGGAUGAUUGUUUUGCUCAAAAUGGUACAACUGUCACCUCAUCUUAAUGGUAAAUUCAAUCAGGCUUUUGCUUGGGUGUUUUGCCAUUUGUUCCCAGAGGUGUACUGGUACAAAUUGCAUGCUAACCUUGUUGAUGCAAAUUCAAUUAAUUAAAAUGGUCAUCCCAAAAUGUAACAAAAGUUAUUUUUCAUAAGCUUAACAACAGUAAUCCUACCCUAAAUAUGAUUGAUUUGAUUCAGAAAAUGCAGUUUUAAAAUUGGCAAUAUCAUAAGUUUUCAGAGGGCUUAAUCAAAUUUGUGUUUAAAGGGAAAGGGUAGUCCAACUGAGUUGAGAUUGAAGAUUUAUUCUCUCAAAAUUGACUGUCAGACAUUCAUGAAAUAGCUCAGUUCCUAUAACAGCUUAACAUCAAAUGAGCCAGUAGGUGAAAUAGUGAUAGAACCAGUUUAAUAUGUAAUUAUGUUAGCUUCAGUUACCUUAGAAAUUUGUCAGAACCGAACUGGAAUUUCCAAGUUAUAAAUAGAAGUUUUUUUUUUGACAAAUUUUAUUUUAACGAUAAUCAGAUUUUUAAUUUGAGCAUUAGUUUAAAUAGGCGUUGAAAGCUAAUCUAAUUUUUAUAAAACUAAUAUUGUGACGAAAGUGUUUUGUAUAAAGUAUUCUUAAUUACAUUAAAGGGUUUUUAGCUAGAAACAGGUUUAUACUAAAGUCGUGCGGUACCGUUUUUGGACCAGGAAUGUUGAAAGAGGGGGUUAGGUUCUACGAAUGAAUUAACAAAAUGUUGUGUAGUAAAUGCAGCUUAAUGUGGCCCGAUUCUUAUGACUCUCUCAUCACGGCAGAAUGCUAAAGGUUCGUCGAACAAGGGACAUCACGAGUUGCCUACUGUAACUGCCUUUAUUCCCACUUAACUCCGUCCAUUGUACGACGACCAGGAAAUCUUGAAAUCAUGGAGAUUCUAGUGCCGGAUGAUCGUGCAAUUAUCACUUACAAAUGACUACUUAACUAAAGUAGAUUUCAUGUUUCGAUGCCUCCAAUGAACACUACUCUAACUCAAAAUUUUGAAAUUUUCGUUUUUCACGCAAAUCGCUUCACUAUUUUAAAAGUAUUUAUUACAAAUUAUA